GUGAGUUUUCAAAGUGGUUGUGGGUGGGUCUGUACUUCUUUAAUUAGUAAAAGAAUAGUAACAAACAUGGUAUACUAUACUUUCAGUUAUCUGUGUCAGCGUGGAACAUUUACUUAUAACUAAAAUUUAUUACGCUAAUAAAUCAUUGGAAUCCUAAUUAUUAAAAAUUAUGCACUUAUGAAAUAGCUUAGUACACAUAUUACAUGAACAGUUUCUGUGAAAUGUACUUUUCAUUUCUUCAUACUGAAAUAUGAAGAAACUCGUAUUGACAUUUGAUAUACAUGACAUUGACAGUUGACAUUCGAUAAGUCAAAUCUGUGGCGUUGACAUGACAUUUCUUCAUUCAUUGCUUAUUGUCAUUGGCAACCAAAGUAUGGCUCUACCGUUACCCAUACCUCCAUGUGCUAAAAGAGAUGGCCUAAGUGGCUUAAGUUGUGAACAUUUUGAUUAUGCUAGUACUAUGGCGACAACUUUGUUGGCACCAGUUAAAACUGAAAGACAAAUUCUUGAGCACUCUAUGUCUGAAGAUGACCCUAAUGCAAAUACGCAAUUACCAAGCUUGGUGGACAAGCAGCCACGCUGGGGUCCGCGCCACCGUGGUGCCCAGGAACUAGCUGAACUUUAUAGUCCAGGCAAAAGACUACAAGAAUGGGUCUGUGUGGUGGUUUGUUGCACAUUAUGCGUCUGUGCUGGUGUUCUCAUGGCCAGACAUGUACAAGCGGAUGCCUUAUUAUUAUUAGCAGCAAUAUCUGGUGUUCUAACAGCAGAUUUUGCUUCAGGCGUAGUGCAUUGGGCUGCUGACACUUGGGGAGCAGUUGAUCUACCUGUUAUAGGCAAAAAUUUCUUGCGCCCAUUUCGUGAACAUCAUAUUGACCCCACAUCAAUAACUCGUCAUGAUUUUAUCGAGACCAAUGGCGAUAAUUUUGCUAUUACUAUACCGGUCUUAGCAAGAAUUGUGUGGCAACUUCUCACGUAUGAUGAUGAAAAUAUUAAUGCCCAAUUUCCCUGGAUUGCUUACUGGUACUUAUGCUGUAUCUUUGUUGCAAUGACCAAUCAGAUACAUAAAUGGUCUCAUACUUAUUUUGGACUGCCAAUGUGGGUUGUUUGGUUACAAGAAUGGCACAUAGUGCUGCCACGUCGUCAUCAUCGCAUACACCACGUAGCGCCGCACGAGACUUACUUCUGCAUUACCACAGGCUGGCUUAAUUGGCCUUUAGAAAUGCUCCACUUCUGGUCUACACUAGAGACUAUAAUCGAAGCAGUCACUGGUUGUAAACCCCGAGCCGAUGAUAUGAAAUGGGCACAGAAAAGGUCCUAGAAUAAUUAUAUAAUUACCUAUUCCUAAAAGGUAUACAGUUUUUAUACAAAUAAACACUCGUCCACAUCUACUGAAUCAAUUAAUAAUAAUAGGUUUAAUAUUUUGCUACGAUAAAAGCGAUAUUAAUAAGUUGCUUAUUUUUAAGAUUGCUAGAUAGCAGAUUGUCGAAUCUGCUUUAACGCCAAAAGCAAUAAAAUUAACAUGUCUCAAUGAUGGGUCUGUUUGAUGUUAGUACGGCCUGAGUGAACUAAUUUUUGAUAACGCAGUGCCUUAAUAUUACAAUCCGUUCGUAAACAUAAAGUCAGAGUUGUACGAGUUGAACUCGCUCGUGAAAAGUACAGGAACUAUUAAAAACUUGACUCUAAAUACUUGCACAUUAUUUGGCCAUAGCUCUAACAAUGUAUUAUUAUAGUAUCUAAUAUAAGUAAGCAGUAAUACCAACAAAACUCCUCUUCUAUCAUAGCUAAAGGAUGUAGCUCCCUGGUGAAGUAUUACGAUGAAACAGGUUCCUUAUUUUGUCCUGGUCUGCAUUUUUAUGAAUCAUAAUACUUCACGCUUAUAAGUGCCCACUGUUGAGCAAAGGCCUCUUCUCGCACGAAGAAAGUUUGAGUAUUUAUCAAAGACACGCUUGCCUAUACUCUAAUGGCAUAUUUGCUCAAUGCGGAUUGGUGCUUAUGAUUACAAAUUUAUGAGUCCGAGUUUCUUAACGUAAUUAAUGUUUCUCUUUCCCGUUUCUCAGUGAUAUCUAAAUAAUCUUAGAAAGUGCAUAUAACUCGAAACGUCACAUUGGUACUCGCCAGAUUUCGAAGUCGCAUCCUCAUUAACCUCCGGGCCACUACGACAUUUUUUACGAAUGGUUGUAACAUAAUUCUCCAUUACGCAAUCACCUUCCUUGUGUAAAGACAAUCACAAAUUAAUGGUCUCUUUUCUGCCUGCCCCAGCUCCCUUGAAAGUCCUCAAACGUGUCAUCCCUAUGUAACUUAGUAGGUACAUUCACUAAGUACCAAGAAGAAAGAAAUAAUCUUUUCAUUUCUUUCUUACCAGGCAAAGAGUUGUCCAGGGCAUAAAACUAGUCAAAAUUACGGAUGCUACAAAUUUUGGAAUCAAGAACAGAAAUCUUACACUUCUGGCCUUCUCGGAUUUCAACAAAUCCAUCAAGCCAUCAACAUCGUAGAUGUUGAUAUACUGAUUGGUGCACCAAACUCUAUAAACAUAUCUCUGGCUGUAACUGAUUGGUUUCAUAUAUCGCCAACAGCGUAUCCACAUUGAAAGUUCUUUUUCUUCUUAGUCUAACAUUACUGCUGGAAACCCACGCGAGGGGCGUGCUUUUUCCUUUACCCUUCGCAUUGUUUAUACAUUCCAUUUCCAAUGGCCUUAUAAUAUUCUACCAGUUGUAUUCUGCCGAUUUGCAAAUUUAUUCUUAGGCAGCUCUUGAUUAAUACUCCGUAGUAGUGAAGAUGAUUCAUACAGACGUAGCAGGAAUUUUUUAAUGGAGUACACGUUAACCAUUCGAAGACCCGGCUCAUCAAAAGCAAGCACUCAUUUGAACUCUAGAUUCAUUUGGUCAUAUAUCCCACCGGUUGUUUUCGAUGGUACCUAAUACCUUUAGCUAUUUAGGGAAGGAUUUCGGAUUGUUACCAAGUUUGUACAAGAAAGAGUACUUGUUCUGUGAAAUAAAUAGGUACCGUUAUUUAUUUUACAGAACAAGAAUUCUAAACGGGUAGCCUUAUUACUAAAAGCGUUAUUCACCAGGUAACCUUUAGGUCAGUUUAGGUGAAUGGAACGCUGCAGUCUCUAGUCUAGUCAGUUAUGAAAUUAAUACUGUCUGAUAUUCAACAAUGAUAUUCUUCAAAAACACAAAAAUGUUAUAAAUAAGGCUGUGCUUGUCUUACCGACACUAGGAAUGUAUUUCACAGCCGAGCUCUUAGGACCGUAAAAGAUUUAUUGUAAAAUUUGGCAGGACGCUGAGCUCAAGCCUCAACGUCUAUGGCGGUUUAAGUGAUAAGGCGCUUGCAGGAUUAAACAGUAGAAACGAUAUCCUUAUUUCGGCGAUUGCAGACUUGUCAUGUUUGUCAGUAUUCGGAAUUCGCGUGAAACAAAUAUUACAAAUUAAACUGAUUUUUGUCGUCGCUCAAGCCUAUUCGGGGGCUUCCUACAAUUAUGAUUUGUGUUGACCGUUGAUGGUAGUCGUGCAGUCGUAUCGUACCUUUUUUUGUUAGAUACUGGUGAACCUUCAAAAGGCGCCUAGCUUUUGGGAAAAAAUACUAGAGUGUGGGAUUUUUACCUAACUAAAACUCCUCAGUGGCUGAAAGCUGUACCUACUUUCUGGAGCUGGUCUAUUAAGAGGUCUCGGUGUCCCUUACACGUGUUAAUGGUGGCCAUGGAAUGAAAUGCGUAAUGGAAAACUAGUAUCGACUGUGCCAAUAAAUUGUAAAUCAGUGUCCUACUCAUACAGUAGCGUGACAAUAUGGUGUAACGCAUUGAAAACUCAUUCAGUACAUAAUAGUUUAUCCUACUAGGCACUUAGUAAUUAAGCGUAUUUUUACGAUGACAUUAUAAGAGCUAUGGUCACAUUUUUGUGAUGCCAAAAUAAAAAUUAGUCAUAUUAAUAACAGUUACCUACCUGGAUAUCUAGAUGUUAAAUUAACUUCUAUAUGAUUAUAGCAGGUAGAUAUUCAGAAGUUCUAUGAUUAAGAAUAGUAACCAUCAUUCAGUAUACACAAAUUAUAUUAUUGAAUUGAAAAAUAUAACGAAUUACCUCAGAAACUCAUAUUUGAACGUAAUGCAUUUACUACUGGCAACUAAAAGUGGAAUACCAGUGUAGGUAUGUACCUAUAUUAAGAAUUAUUUAAAUAAUGCAAUUUCUUAUUAAAUUUGGUAGCUACUUAUAUAUGAUACUAACCAUUUCUAUACAAGUACCUACAUGGAACGAUUAUUUAGUUAUUUGAUUAAAAUGUGCACACUGCACAAGUUUAUGUGGUAGCUUGAAUUGUGACAAUAGAUAGCUAUUUUGAUAUUGAUAAUAAUAAAGUGAUGCCUAUUUUAAAUAUAAUAUUUAUAAUGGUAUGUGUACAUUAUUAAAUAUUCAUAUUUUGCUCUCAUACAUUUUACAAAACUGACACAAAUUAGGUAGUGUAAUUAACUUCGGGCUAAACGAACAAUGUAAGUAAUGUCAUGCAAUGCUUUAAUAUUUUACUAUCAAUGAUGUAUUCUUUACACGAAUUGUCUAAAUAAAUGUUACGUUAUAAUUAUUACAAAUAAAAAAUAGGUAUACUA